CCACGCCGACGACAUUUUGGGCAAACAUCAGUUCUUGCGUGUAUUUAAAACGAGUGGACUAAUGGAUGAAGGAACCCGUGCAAAACUUUAACAUCCUUAUUUUGAACAUUUUGAAUGAUUUGAGAAGACCCAUUUCAAUUCAUUCAAAUAAUCUGUGAAGACUGCAAAUAAUGGCAGAAGCUAACACCAUCAGUGGGGGAGGCGGCAGCAGCAGCAGCAGCAGCAGCAGCAGCAGCAGCAGCCCAUCACAUAGUGUGCUCACCUUGGAACAGGUGAGCAGGCUGCACGACGUGCUGACGGAGGUGGUCCCCGUGCACGGCCGGGGCAACUUCCCCACGCUGGAGGUGCGUCUCAAGGACAUCAUCCAGAUGGUGCGCUCGCGCCUGGAGGAGCGGGGCAUCCGCGUGAAGGACGUGCGGCUCAACGGCUCCACUGCCAGCCACGUGCUGGUGCAGGACAUUGGCUGGAGCUACAAGGACCUGGACGUGAUCUUCCGCGUGGACCUGCCGCGCGAGUCCGAGUACCAGCUGGUGAAGGAGGUGGUGCUGGGCACGCUGCUGGACUUCCUGCCCGAGGGCGUCAACAAGGAGAAGAUCACGCCCAUGACGCUCAAGGAGGCGUACGUGCAGAAGCUGGUCAAGGUGUCCACCGAGCAGGACCGCUGGAGCCUGAUCUCGCUGUCCAACAACAACGGGCGCAACGUGGAGCUCAAGUUCGUGGACUUCAUCCGCCGGCAGUUUGAGUUCAGCGUGGACUCCUUCCAGAUCGUGCUGGACUCGAUGCUGGCGUGCUACGAGCGCUCGCCCGAGCAGCCCCUGGACGGCGCCGUCCAGCCGACGGUGGUGGGCGAGAGCGUCUACGGGGACUUUGCGGCGGCCCUGGGCCACCUGCGCGACAAGCUGAUCGCCACCAAGCGGCCGGAGGAGAUCCGCGGCGGCGGCCUGCUCAAGUACUGCAACCUGCUGGUGCGCGACUUCCGGCCCACGGACGAGGAGGAGUUCAAGGGCCUGGAGCGCUACAUGUGCUCGCGCUUCUUCAUCGACUUCCCCGACCUGGGCGAGCAGCAGCGCAAGCUGGAGGCCUACCUGCAGAGCCACUUUGUCGGCGAGGAGAAGAGCAAGUACGACUACCUCAUGAUCCUGCGCCGCGUGGUCAACGAGAGCACCGUGUGCCUGAUGGGCCACGAGCGGCGCCAGACGCUCAACCUCAUCUCGCUCGUCGCCUUCCGCGCCCUGGCCGAGCAGAACGCCAUCCCGGACGCGUCCAGCGUCACCUGCUACUACCAGCCGGCGCCGUACGUGCGGGACGGCAACUUCAGCAACUACUACGUGGCCUCGUGCAACCAGUCCAUCCCCACAUGGCUGCCGUGCAACUGACCCGGGUCGAGCGGCGGCGGCAGCACCGUGGAUGGAUUGUAACAAACAAAAAACAAACAAAAAAAACCCUAAAACAAAGUGAAACAACAACAAAAAAAUAUAUAUAAGAAAGGGACGCCCCCCCCCCCCCCUAUGCUUUAUCAAAAAAAAAAAAGGAAAAAUUCUCACAGAUAAACGGGAGCUGGACGGACAGACGGAACGUGCUGGGGACAAAAAAAAGGAGGCUUGAGCUGGUAUUAUCCUCUGUAGGCAUAAAGGAUAUAUUUAAAAGGACAUGUGUUUUUUUGUUCCUUUUUUUUGGUUUCUUUUCUCUUUAUUUCCUUUCUAUUUUUUUAGUGUGUGUGGGGGGGGAGAUCAGGUCGAGGAGCCAGACCCUACACCCCCUCCCCACCACCCUUUUUCUCAUUCCUUCCCUACAGAGGCCGGGAGAGCAGUGGAUCCAAAGUGAUGUUUUAGAGCUUGGAUUACAUUUUGUGUUUUCUUAAAAAAAAAAAAAAAGAAAAAAGAAAAGCCUUGUCUCAGAAUUGUGUUUUUGUUCUCGACUUUGCCUCUUUUUUUUAGAAAAAAAUGAAACAUGAAAUUUGUGCCUAAUCGGGGUGUUAAAAUCAAGCAUUCAGACUUAAGAGUAAUGGUUUAAUUUCUUUGGCCGUGGUGCCUUAUUUCCAUGUUGCCUAUACUCUGUCCAUCCAAGGAAAAGUGGGGGGAAAGUAUUUAUGCAUAGUGUUGAAAUUAUCUCCUGUUGGUGUGUGUGAAAAAAAAAAGGGUUGAAAAUUGUAACCAAAAAAAUGUAGAAAACUUGAAAUGUAAUUUGUAGGAAAAAAAGUACAAAAUGUUAGAUGAAAGUGACAAAAAGAAAGAUUUAUUGAAAGGCAAUUUUUUUUUCUUUCAUUUAUUCCCCCCUCUUCCCCACACUAAACAGGUCUAGUUGAUGACCCCUCCCCCCCCCCCCCCCAUGUCGAAAUUUCAGGGUCACAUGCAAAGAGACUCCACUCUAGCCUUUGACCCACCCGUUGCUAAGCGUCAUGGGUAAUGGGGUACAAAAGGGAAUACUGCCUUCUCUUGGAUUCCCUUUUAAAAACAUUGACCCAAAUGUGAAUAGGUUUGGUCACUGGACAGAGUAGUUUAAGACUUGUUAGACUCGUUAAGUGGAUGCACCCAGUAUUUUGUUUUUGUUUUAAUGAUGAUAAAUGAUAAUGAUGCCACCAUGA